AUGAGCAGAUUGCUCCUUCAAACCCAAGCUGUGCGAGCCAUUACACCUCAAGCCCGCCGUUAUCUUGCUACCCGUACGCCAGAAUGCCGACCUAACUUGGGGCCAGCCUCGGCAGCAACAGAGGCUGAAUCAGAAACGCCUGUUCGACAACGAGAGCCUCUACCUUUUCGAUUUGAGACGGGCCUCUCCUUAUAUGCGAAGAGGGCACCGAGACCUUUCCCUCCGCCAUUUCUAUCCCCGCCGUCAGGCUCGUUUUCAGACCCCCUCAGCACGCAUCACCGAAGCCGAGACAGACGCGCCUUCGUCAACGGGGAGCUGAUUCGAGGGUACACAAAUGGAGACGACGCGGUAUAUUUCAGCGACGAUUUUAUCGGGGCGACUGAUGGCGUUGGCGCGUGGUCGACGAGACCGGGAGGACAUGCUGGGCUUUGGUCUAGGUUAAUACUACAUUUCUGGGCUCUCGAAACAGAGCUGGACGCAGCCCGACCUCGCCCUCCUGGACAAAAAUACCAGCCGACCCCUAUCGAAUAUCUACAGAAGGCCUACGAACAGACAAUAGAAGCUACUUCGAAGCCAAACCAAUGGCAAGGGACGACCACCGCGGCAGGGGCACAGUUGCAUUUCCAAAAGUCGAGUGAAGACCCAAAUUCCCCCGCUUCCCCUCUAUUAUAUGUCACGAAUCUCGGCGACUCCCAGGUUCUCGUCCUCAGACCUCGAGAUUCCGAGCUCGUAUACAAAACUACCGAACAAUGGCAUUGGUUCGAUUGUCCCUGGCAACUGGGCACGAAUAGUCCGGAUACUCCCGCCGGAAACGCUGUUAUGGACGAAGUUGCGAUUCAAGAGAAUGAUGUGGUACUAGCUAUGUCAGAUGGUGUUAUAGAUAACCUGUGGGAGCAUGAAAUUAUCACCAAUGUUGUCAACAGUAUACGCAAGUGGGAACAGGGUGAGGGUGGAAAGAGCACCGGAGACCGAAGUGGUGGUGCUAGCGGUGGCAUGCAGUUUGUUGCUGAAGAGCUGAUGAAGGCUGCAAAGGUCAUUGCUACGGAUCCAUUUGCGGAGAGCCCGUUUAUGGAGCGUGCUGUGGAAGAAGGUCUAGCCAUGGAAGGAGGCAAGCUUGACGACAUUAGCGUGGUAGCUGCUAUCUGCCUUCGCAAUGGGGGAUGA